AUGCCUGACCCACUACGGACGUUCGACUGCGACACUGCUGCAGAAUUCCGCUCCUUAUACAACCUCGAAUGGGACAAGUACACGAAUAUCGACGGCACCGUCUACUACCACAACCGCGCGUGGUCCGGGCUCACCCACGCCGACAUGUCGCUCCCGUGCGUCCGCGAGAUCCUCAACGAGCAGCUCGUGUGGCACUUCGAGACCGUCGAGGGGAUGUUCCAUUUCGCGGACGACGACGUGCAUGAAAUGAUUACGGCAUCGUACGACGACCCGGCGCUGUUGCAGGACCAGGACAGUGUGAGGUUCAAAACGUUUUCGAUGGAGGUGGGGAGCUGUUGGGACUUGGAGGAGAAUGAUCAGUGUGAGGCUUUGCGAGUUUCUCUGAGCUCGGAGAUGCCGCCUGAGAUCCUGUGGGACAAUAUAUGGGUCUAUGCUGCGCACCAGACGUCGGUUCCGGCACAUAUGGAGGAUCACUUUAUGAUAACGAUGUCACAUGGGGCAACAGAUGACUCUAUACUCGAGAGCCUGAUGUUGGAUACAGAGCAACUUCUGAAGGAUGACGAAGCAGAGUUUCACUGGACCUAUCGUCAAUGCGAGCAGAUACUAAAACUUCACAAGCUAUUGAAAGUGCGUCAACGAGAGCUCGGAUCCCGGGCCAACCUCGCACCGGCGAUUCUCUUUAACAUGGCGAAGGCGAUGAACGAAGUCUGGGGUCAACGUACUCGGUUCCGUUGGGGAGCUCAUAAAAUGAGUGAUUACCAAGAGAAGCCUACCGAUUCGCCAGUAGGGGAACCGCUCUCGACAAGAGCCAAAGUUGUCGAGGUGAUAGCGAUGGUACUCCUGUUCAGCACACAUGCGACGUAUUACGAGCGACUCGAGAUGGCCCGACCGGAGGGGCAUGUUUACGUGCCGGAGUUUAGGAGGUUAUUGGAGGGCCUUCUUGUUGAGUGGGCAGACUCUAACCUAUUAUCCACCGUUGUUGUUCUUGUAGACGUGGGAUUCUUAGCAGUGCCUAAUGUGAACGGUUUCCAAGUCGCCGCUAUGCUUGCGUCGACCAUUCUCGCAUUGACAAGCGUCAUAUGCGGUACUUAUCAUACAUGGCAACAUCGGAGAAACACCGACGCCGAGGUCGAAGACGCACACAGAUACGUUAUGCACCUUAGGGAGAAGCUUGGCCCCCAGCUCGACCUUCGUAUUAUGGCUUGCAUACUCUGCCUCCCGCUCGCCACGCUCAUGUGGUCUGUUGUGUUCUUUCUGAUUGCCAUCUCGGCGUUCGCAUUUCAGACAUCUGGGAUGCCUGCUCAGGUCGUCAUGGCCGCUAUAUUAGGAGGUGCUGUCGUUAUGGUUGGGGUUACGGUCGGGAGGUUCUGGGAUUCGGAGGCUGAGUGGUGGUUCCGGAAGAAGACAGCGUCGAGCGGUGCUAGUCAUCGUAUCACUCCCAAAAAAUUGGAUGUUCUUCUCAAGACAGCGGCCCGUGGCUUGCGAUUUGGCGAGGGCAGAGUGAGGAACCGGACGAGUGGGUGGCUGUGGGUGCCCGAGAUUGUCAACUUGCAUCAUCGAUUCAUCCCCGUCGACCCUGACUUCAUUCAAUCCGUUCUCGCAUCCGCAGCCAAUCAGAUGUGUCCAUUUGCUUCCGCUGCCUAA